GCCAAUGCGCCCCGCUAGUAUCACUGACCUAUAUAACAUAGCAGAAUUGAUGUCUCUCUUUGGCCAUCAUUCUCUUCCCGCUUUUCCUUCCAGUCUCUCAAACAACCAAGAGUAGCCGUGGAAAAUUCUUUCUUUGAACGCCGUCCAUUUAUCUAUUUAUCUUAUACAUUACCAGCAGAUAUAGCACCAAAGAAGUUAAUUAUAUAUAUUAUGGUUUUAAUAAUUGUUUUAUUAUUAAUGUUUUAUUCUAAUACUGUUUUAUAAUAGAUUAUUGUAUUUUAUGAUAUUAAUAUGCUGUUAGCCGCCCAGAACCUGUUCAGGGAGGGCAGGAUACAAAUAGAAACAAGUAAACGAACGAACAAACUGGGGGGGGGGGGGAUUUGGCAGUGUCUAAUGGUAGGAAGAUCAAGUGUCCCACAAGCAGUAAAAAAAAAUGUCGGCUACCGUUCGGUGCCUGCUUGUGGCACCUUUUAUUCAAUAGGAUUUGCUCAAUAGGACUUACUCCCUAGUCAGCCGACAUUGUGUUCCCCCUUCCUCGUCUUCAGUUUUUCCAUGUUGCCUUUUUUCCUCCUCUACAACUCUGCCUUCCCCAGUAGUAUCUAGCCGAGGCAAUCCUCAACAGUGUUGGUUGUCCGGCAUUCCUUGGAAGAGCAGCUGAGUCACAAUAUAGUGUCAUAAGAUCUCAAUGGCAACUUGUAAGACAUUGCUUCUGUGAUGUUUUGAGUUUUUUUAUGGGAAGAAAUACAGAAAUUAACGGACCUAAUCCAGGGUUUAGCACUCCUUGCCAUUUGUUUGUCAGACAUUCAAUUGGCUAGUCUUCAGGUAGAAGACAGUGCACCAAAAGGAAGGUGGUGCAUAGCAAACUACAACCGUUUGACCCUUUCCGCCUAGCGCAGGAAGCAUGGCCAGGCUCGUUUAUUAAAACUCUUCGUAAUCCAAGUUAUCCCUUCAAAAAGACGAAGUUUGAACGAAUUUACUGUGCUUAUGUUGGGACAAGGCAGAAUGCUAUCAGAUCGCAGCCACGAGAAUUCAGAAUUUCUACAUCUACGAGCUGCUGCUGUCAUCUCAGCGGCUUAACAGCCAAGGUGUCAAAGGGAACUAAGACAUCCAGCCUGUUGUAAAAGGACCUGCUGCUCGAUCGCGUUCUCAGCUCACUUCCUGCCUCUUUUUCCAGCAUUCCGGUAGCUCUGUAAAUCUUUCGCUCUCUAUGGUUAGCUGUACGGAGUCCGAAGACGAGAAGCCUGCUGGGGUUUUGUUUUUUUUAACCAUCCAGAGGAGUGCUGCUAUUGGGUCGCGUGGGCAAAGCAGCGUGGCCUCCUCUCUCGCGGUGCCGCUGCAGCCGUUUCAAGGAGAGCAGCUGCGGCGAUGGGGAGUCGAGAGGUCUUGAAGCUUUUCAAGUUGUUGCACAGGACAAGACAAAAUCUUUUCAAAAAUGAUCCAAGAGCCCUAGAAGCUGCAAGACUUAAGAUAAAUGAAGAAUUCAAAAAUAAUAAGGAUGAGACUUCUUCUGAAAAAAUAGCUAAGCUUAUGAAAAUAGGUUCAGAUGUAGAAGUUAUACUCCGAACUUCUGUAAUUCAGGGUGUACAUACAGGCUCCAACAAACUAUUGCUGAUACCAAGAAAAGACCUGCUACUAGACAACAUUCCUUUCUGUGACACACCAACCCAAAAGUCAUGAAUUUGAGGGAAUAAAGUUAGUUCUUACAGUCA